AUGAAGAACAUCCUUAUACUUAAUCCGAACUCGUCCAAAGAUGUCACUUUGGCAAUGUCCAAGUUGGUGCCCCAUCCACCUUCCGGAAUAAGGCUUGUAUUCAUGACAGCUCCAAAAGAUGCCCCUUCGACCAUCAAUAAUGCUGAAGAUGCAAUAAAAUCGGCAGAUGCCUGCAUGAAGCUUUUCGAGUCGGACCCAGAGCGCUAUCUUUGCUUUGAUGGCUAUCUGAUUGGCUGCUUUUCGAACCAUCCCCUCAUAUAUAGGCUCAGAAGCAAGUUUUCGAGCAAGAAGCAUCAGCCGGUUGUGUUGGGGAUAUUACAGGCCUCUGUUUUGUAUGCAGUCUCGCAGGUGGGCGGUCCCAAUGUUGAUGGGCAGAAAAUUGUGAUCCUUACAUCUGGAAACUCGUGGAAACCCAUAUUGGACAAAGCAGUCCACGAUACAUUAUGUGGCCCAGACAGCAGUGGGAAGGACUCCGAUUACUCGAAACGGCUUCCGACCUUUUUUAUGCCCACCGAGGAGACUGGAAUGGGGGUGUUGGAGCUUGCUCGGCCGGAGGGAUACAAGAAGUUGGUGUGUCAAAUCAACGGAUUGAAGAACAAGGGGGCCAAGUUCAUCAUUUUGGGUUGUGCAGGAUUUUCCGGGAUGGAUCACAAGUUCCGGCGGGAUGUGCCUGGCGUUGUGUUUAUAGAUACGGUGAAAUGCGGAAUAGAGACACUUUGUUCUUACGUUAGGUUCAAUGAAUCGUGA